AUGAAGUUAGAAAGCUUAUUAAAAAGGGGCAGAAAAUUGAAGUGUGAAGUUCACAACCAUGAUAGUCAGUGCUUGUCUGAAUGGAAUAAACAUCUGCAUAAGCUCAAGUUAAAUGGAGUCUGGCUGAUUUUCAAGUCAGGGCAUAAUGAAAACGUGAGGCUCUUUGGCAUUCCAGAAGGCUGGGAUAAUAUUAUGCGACUUUGCACAAUUUGUUACACUGCUGCUGUCCUUAUGGCUUUAACCAUGAAAAAGGCAAAAAUGUGCCCCAAAUUUGAAUUUUUGGAUGUUUAUGUAGAGAGAGUGAUGGAUAACUAUAUCAACACUGGUGUCUAUAGGAAGAAAUGCUACAAAAAUGCACUUCUUCAUAGACGUAGCAUGCACCCUCAACACAUAUUUAGUAACAUUAUUAAAGGGCAAGGAAUGAGGAUUUCACGUCUUAAUGCAACAGAAAAUGGCUAUAAAAAAGAGAUUAAUGUCUUUAAGGAAAGGCUAUCUAAACGUGGUUAUAAAUAUUCAGAGAUAGAAAAUGGUUUACAGAGUAUAGAUCUUCUAAGAGAAAACAGAGCUGCACCAUACUACUCUGAAUGUACUGAUAUUUAUAACAAGCAAAAUAGUAGAAUUUUAGAACUGAAGAUACCCAUGUUCUAUACUGUUCCACAGUCACGAUGCAGUGAUAGCUGCCUCCUAGGUUACAGGGAAGCCAUGAAACCUGGACAGCCACUCUGCUGCUUUGAUUGUAUUAUUUGUUCUGAAGGAUCCAUUUCUAAUAUCACUGAUUCUACUGAAUGCAUAAUAUGCUCAGAGGAGACAUGGCCAAACAGAGAACAGGACAGGUGCAUUCCCAAGCUGUUGGAGUACAUAUCCUAUGAGGAUCCGUUAGGAGUUUCUCUGGCAGCAGUAUCACUUUCAAGUGCACUGUCACCAUUGUCAGUUCUACUCAUCUUUUUGAAGCACCAUAACACAGCACUGGUUAAAGCAAACAAUGGCAAACUGAGCUAUCCUCUCCUACUUUGCUUAAUUUUGUGUUUUUUGACCACUCUGCUGUUUAUUGGCCAGCCUAAUACACUGGUCUGCAUGUUACGCCAAAGCUUCUUUGGUAUCAUUUUUGCUGUCUGUGUCUCCUGUGUGCUGGCAAAAACAAUCAUGGUAGUAGUAGCUUUUAGAGCUUCAAAGCCUCAAAGCAGUUUAAAAAAAUGGUUGGGACCAAGAUUACCCUACUCUAUAGUGUUUUUUUGCACAUUAGUGCAAGUAUUUAUGUGCACCCUUUGGCUAAUCAUUUCUCCUCCAUUUUAUCAGGAAAAUAAGAGCAUGAAAUCUGAGAAGAUAAUUCUUGAAUGUAAUGAAGGAUCAACCACUGCUUUCUGGCUUAUGUUGGCCUACUUAGGAAUGUUAGCUUCUGUAAGUUUUCUAGUGGCAUAUCUGUCAAGAAACCUCCCUGACAACUUUAAUGAAGCAAAACUUAUAACUUUCAGCAUGCUAAUUUUUGUAAGUGUUUGGCUAUCUUUCAUUCCAGCUUACUUGAGCACAAAAGGGAAGUACACUGUUGCUGUAGAAUCAUUUGCUAUUUUUUCUUCAAGCACUGGCUUGCAAGCAUUCAUGUUUCUUCCCAAGUGCUACAUCAUUUUACUGAGGCCAGAGUUAAACACAAGGCAAUAUCUGAUGGGAAAAAGUAACCAUGAAGGACAUUAUAAGCCACAGCACCAUGUGUAA